AUGUUCUGGCGUUUGGCACCGGUGCCACGGCCACCGGUGCCAUGCCCAGCUGUGGCAGCUGCGUGGCCGAAAGCGCCUCCGUUGCGGCAUCCGAUCCGAUCGGGUGCAGCUUCCUUCACUGGAAUGGACCAGGUCGUAUCAUACACCCUGGUCGAAACGACUGAAAACGAUCGGUUAUUUGGAGCCGGGAGAAGCACCUGGCUGAACAUCUCCUUGACUGGGGAAGCAUUGGUCAUCAAGCCAUGGGGAAGACUCAUUUGCUUGAAGGAUGGGAGAGACGAUGAAACAUGGCCUUUCACCAAUGGAGUUUCCUUGGCCGGUUCUUGUGCCCGGCCCCUCCGGCCCUUCCCCUCUUGGUCGUAUCCCGUCCAGGUCGACGCUUUAUUUGAUUUGGCUCCAGAACCUUUGCCUUUGCUACGCAAAGCCGCGCCACCGCGGCCAAGCUUUGCAUCAGUCAUGAGGCGCUUUGCAGCCACUUUGACGUUCUUUACCGUUGCCUCGGCCUCCUGUGCCGAGGACCCUUCGUCUCCCACGUGCGCGGCACGUUCCCGUGAGCUUCUGCAAAAGCAUGCGAGUCUCAAAGGUGCUGGCAUUCAACUUGAGGCCUCGCGGAUGAUGAGCUUCGAGGCCUUGCAGCAGAGGACCGAGGAGUCGUAUGCCUAUGCAAGGAAGUUGGCCUCUCGUAGCAAGCUCUUGGUCGAGCAGGACUUGCGCCAUCACGCUCGCUCGAUGCUGGUGAGCUACCGCCGUGAGGCUCGUGUGACUCAUGAGCUAGCGAAUCACUUCAAUGAUUUUAUCCACUCUUCGGGCCUCAUCCACGAGCUCACCAGUAGCGAGAUCACCAGCUUUGAGGAGCGCGUGCUGGAGGAGAUGGAGAUUUUGUGCAAACACCAUGCCACGGACACCAUCCCUGACGCCGCCGCACAGGCCAACGUGUGGCUGGAGGAUUUCGUUCAGACCUUGCGCGAUGAGCAGCCAGUUCUGUCCGAGAGGCUCUUCCAGCUACUCGAGGGAGAGAGCGGCUUCACUGUGGAGUUCGGCGCUUGGCUGCGGAACUUCUCGCAGCUGGAUCUUCAGCGCCGGACCGGCAUCAGGCACGACAAUAGCACCGUGCACGCGUCCUUCCUCCAAACUGUGAGCAUCACCGACCAGAUCCUCACCCGCUCCUUGCCCGCGUCCUUCGAGUCCCAAGACCAAUGGCCUCAUUGUCGCGAGAUCAUCGCCCGCAUCCACAACCAAGGCCCGGUGUCGAGGUCGGCAUUCGGUGCAUCUUCUGCACUGGACUCACGCUUGUGCAUCGCCACCGAUGGCGUCUUCAGCGGUGCAGCGGCGCAGCUGAGCCGAGGUUAUGUGGCCUCCUGCGCACCGCAACCUGCGGGCACCGACGGCUGCGGCGGUGGCUGGUCCAGCUGGGUCUUCGACCUCAUGGCCGGCGCAGGCGUCCCCACGGGUGGCGCCAGCGGGUGUUCGCCCUACUUUGGCCACGGCGAUGGCACGGAGCACUUUGCGAACUCGGGCACUGCUCCGCCCUGUCCCACAAUGUGCGGCAACAGCAACUUCGGACGGAGCAUCGACGAAGACAAGUUCAAGCUGGCAACCAGCAACUACAUCCAGAUUGCGAGCUACAAGCAUCCGUAUCCCGCACGUGUCUACCAUUUGGCUCGAGAGGCCAUCAUGACUGGAGGCCCCAUCCCUGCAUACCUCUACGCGGAUGGUGGAUUCAUGGGAUAUUCUGGGGGUGUUUACACCCACGCCUGCGACCAAUUUGCCAAUCAUGCCAUCACCGUCAUUGGCUGGGGCCCUGAUUACUGGCACUGCUUGAACUCCUGGGGUGACUGGGGCGACAAUGGCCGCUUUAAGGUCGGGCUUUGCGUCUUGACGGAUUUCCAGAUCCCCACCACCAGCAUCGCUGGACACAGUGCAGACUAUGCUUUCCCCUUGCAGGGCGAGAGCCAGACACCUUCGCAUGGACUCAACCCUUCGGAGAGCUAUAGCAACAUUGCACAGGAGGGUCAGGCGAUCGCGCCACGCACCAAAGACCGGCAGUGCCUUUGCUCCACAGCCUGCGACAACCACGGCUACAGCCUGCCAGGUGGCGUCUUUUGCUGGGUCGCUGAUACGGUUUGCCAGGGUACGAACUGGGGCUACUGCGAAUAUCCUGACUUGACUGCCACCACUGCGACGACCACCACCACCACUGUGAACACAGCUGCUCCAACCACUACGACGACCACCACCACGACGACGACCACCACGACCACCACCACGACUACUACAACCACCACUACAACUACCACCACCACAACCACCACCACCACCACUACCACAACCACUACCACCACCACAACCACAACCACCACCACCACCACCACCACCACGACGACCACCACUACCACGACCACUACUAGCACUUCCACGACCAGCACUACUAGCACCACCAGCACAACAACCACCACAACUACGACCACCACUACGACGACGACCACCACCACAACCACCACCACUACAACGACAACGACCACCACCACCACCACCACCACUACUACGACCACCACGACCACAACGACUGCGACCGGCAUUGUGGGCGAACCGUGGAAGUUGAUCUCGGGACCUUGCAAAGUGGAUCGUGCUGGAUGCAUCAAGAGCCCUCGAUUCAGUGCCAACAGGUACAGAACCUACAAGAAUAACCAGCACUGCACCUGGGAGGUUCAACAGAAGGUGAAGAUGGAGGUGCUGGAUUUCCAAGUGGAGGCCAACUACGACUUUCUGACCGUGAACGGCGCGCAGUACAGCGGCUCCACGAAUCCUCACGGUGUGAUCACAGAGUUGGGCACCAUUACCUGGUCCUCGGACUACAGCGUGGUGAUGACCGGCUUCAAGAUUUGCCCCAAGGCCUUGGGCCCUUGCGACACCUGA